UUCCAAUUUAAAGUCCACACAAUUUUCAAUUCAAAAGCAAAAAAAAUUCACUUUUCAUUUUCCUUUGCAUCGUUCAUUCAUUCCUUCUUCUUCUCUUCUCUUCUCUUCUCCUCUCACUUCGAUUCCAUUUCCACGUGGAGCACCGGAUCCGAUCACUCUUCCUCCACAACUCACCUUUUUCCGGCGACUUCACUUUCUCCGUCAUGAAUCCCGAAUAUGAUUAUCUGUUCAAGCUCCUUCUUAUUGGAGACUCUGGUGUUGGUAAAUCAUGCCUUCUUCUAAGAUUUGCUGAUGAUUCAUACAUUGAUAGCUACAUAAGCACCAUUGGAGUUGAUUUUAAAAUACGGACUGUUGAGCAGGAUGGGAAGACAAUUAAACUACAGAUUUGGGAUACUGCCGGACAAGAACGAUUCAGGACAAUAACCAGUAGCUACUAUCGUGGGGCCCAUGGAAUCAUUAUUGUUUAUGAUGUGACAGAUGAAGAGAGCUUCAAUAAUGUGAAGCAGUGGCUAAGUGAAAUCGACCGCUAUGCCAGUGAUAAUGUUAACAAGCUUUUGGUUGGAAACAAGAGUGAUCUGACUGCAAGUAGAGCUGUCUCAUAUGAUACGGCUAAAGAAUUUGCAGAUAAUAUUGGCAUUCCUUUUAUGGAAACAAGUGCAAAAGAUGCUACAAAUGUGGAAGGGGCUUUCAUGGCCAUGGCUGCUGCCAUCAAGGAUAGAAUGGCGAGCCAACCGUCCGCAAACAAUGCAAGGCCUCCAACAGUGCAGAUUAAAGGACAACCAGUUGGGCAAAAAGGUGGGUGCUGCUCUUCCUAACCAGAUGGUAUUUCAAUUGGUCUGCAGCUUGCUGCCCUUUUUAUGUAAGAGAUUUAUUAUGUCACUAAAUAGCGGACCAAUGUCACAUAAUCAGUCCUGUGGUUUCAGAUUUGGCUUAGAUCCCAUUCUUUACAUACACUUGAAUGGUUUUACUUGUGUUAAGUAUAGAACUUGUGUUAAUGAUAAAUCUAUGUUUAUGCUCA